GAGAGAAGUCCAGGGAUGAUAUAUUUGGCGGCUCGAUUUCUCCACUGUGGAAGUCAUCCAGUUCCUUUCAGAAACACAGACUCCUUGCUUCCGUGACUCACCCUAAGUGAAGGUCUGAUGGACAGGCACUUUCCGUCAACAUUGCGGCUAUUUUCUUUCAUGCGGAAAUUGGAAGACAAGGUGAAAGGGGCCACACGUUACCUGCUUUGGUGACUAGCGCUGUGCCACUCCGUUCUCGGAACAUGGGCCCUCGUUUAAAGCUGCAGCUGUGAUCCUCGGCUGUCUGUGGGCUUCGAAGGGACCUGAUGUUUUACGUUAUUGGCGGAAUCACAGUGUCUGUGGUUGCAUUCUUCUUCACAAUUAAGUUCCUCUUUGAGCUCGCCGCCCGCGUAGUCAGCUUCCUCCAGAAUGAGGACCGUGAGCGGCGAGGGGACCGGACUAUCUAUGACUACGUGCGGGGAAAUUACCUGGAUCCCCGGUCAUGCAAAGUCUCCUGGGAUUGGAAGGACCCCUAUGAGGUGGGCCACAGCAUGGCCUUCCGAGUGCAUUUAUUCUACAAGAACGGGCAGCCUUUCCCCGCACAUCGGCCCGUGGGACUGAGGGUUCACAUCUCUCAUGUGGAACUGGCAGUGGAAAUCCCGGUGACCCAGGAAGUCCUCCAGGAAGCCAGUUCCAACGUGGUCAAGGUGGCCUUCACUGUGCGUAGGGCCGGGCGCUAUGAGAUCUCUGUGAAGCUCGGCGGUUUAAAUGUGGCCUAUAGUCCCUACUAUAAGAUUUUCCAGCCUGGCGUGGUGGUUCCUUCCAAAACCAAAAUAGUAUGCCAUUUUUCUACUCUUGUGCUGACCUGUGGGCAGCCACACACCCUUCAAAUAGUGCCCCGAGAUGAGUACGACAACCCUACCAACAAUUCCACGUCUCUGAGAGAUGAGCUCAGUUACAGCUUGACCAUUCAUGAGCUUGGUCCUCAAGAAGAAGAGAGCGCUGAUGUCCCCUUUGAGAAGUCAGUGUCGUCCAACAGGCAGACAUGCCAGGUGUUCUUGAGACUCACCCUCCAUUCUCGUGGGUGCUUCCAUGCCUGCAUUUCAUACCAAAACCAGCCUAUCAAUAAUGGCGAAUUUGACAUCAUUGUGCUAAGUGAGAACGAGAAGAAUAUUGUGGAGCGCAACGUGUCCACCUCGGGAGUGAGCAUUUACUUUGAGGCUUACCUUUAUAAUGCCACCAACUGCGCCAGCGCGCCCUGGCACCUGUCCCCUAUGCACAUGAGCUCCGCCCAGCGCCGGCCUUCCACGGCCAUUGAGGAGGAAGAGGAAGACUCUCCCUCCGAAUGUCACACCCCCGAGAAGGUGAAGAAGCCCAAGAAGGUGUACUGCUAUGUAUCACCAAAGCAAUUCUCAGUGAAGGAAUUCUACCUGAAAAUCAUCCCAUGGCGCCUGUACACCUUCCGGGUAUGCCCAGGAACAAAAUUUUCAUAUCUUGGCCCUGACCCUGUCCAUAAACUCCUCACACUGGUGGUGGAUGAUGGCAUUCAGCCUCCUGUGGAGCUCAGCUGUAAGGAGAGGAACAUUCUAGCAGCCACUUUCAUCCGCUCUCUCCAUAAGAACAUAGGAGGCUCUGAGACCUUUCAGGACAAGGUGAACUUUUUCCAGAGAGAGCUUCGACGGGUACAUAUGAAAAGGCCACAUUCCAAAGUCACUCUGAAGGUCAGCAGACACGCCUUGUUGGAAUCGUCUUUGAAAGCCACUCGGAAUUUCUCCAUCUCAGAUUGGAGCAAGAACUUUGAAGUGGUUUUCCAGGAUGAGGAAGCACUCGACUGGGGAGGGCCUCGCCGGGAGUGGUUUGAGCUAAUCUGCAAAGCACUAUUUGAUACCACCAAUCAGCUCUUCACCCGGUUCAGUGACAACAACCAAGCAUUAGUGCACCCCAACCCCAGUCGCCCCGCCCACCUGCGCUUGAAGAUGUAUGAGUUUGCAGGGCGACUGGUGGGCAAGUGUCUUUAUGAAUCCUCCCUAGGAGGAGUCUAUAAGCAGUUGGUUCGAGCUCGAUUCACCCGCUCUUUCUUGGCCCAGAUCAUAGGAUUGCGUAUGCAUUACAAGUACUUUGAAACAGAUGACCCAGAAUUCUACAAAUCUAAAGUUUGUUUCAUCCUCAACAAUGACAUGAGUGAGAUGGAGCUGGUCUUUGCAGAAGAGAAAUACAACAGAUCAGGUCAACUGGACAAGCUGGUAGAACUCAUGACAGGUGGAGCGCAAACUCCAGUAACCAAUGCAAACAAAAUCUUCUAUUUAAAUUUGCUGGCCCAAUACCGGCUGGCCAGUCAAGUGAAAGAGGAGGUGGAACAUUUCCUGAAAGGCCUGAAUGAGUUGGUUCCUGAGAAUCUUUUGGCUAUUUUUGAUGAAAAUGAACUUGAGCUGCUCAUGUGUGGGACCGGGGACAUCAGUGUGUCUGACUUCAAAGCCCAUGCAGUGGUCGUUGGCGGCUCGUGGCAUUUCAGAGAGAAGGUCAUGAGGUGGUUUUGGACCGUGGUUUCCAGUUUGACCCAGGAGGAGCUGGCUCGGCUGCUCCAGUUCACGACGGGCUCCUCCCAGCUGCCCCCCGGAGGCUUUGCCGCACUCUGCCCCUCGUUCCAGAUCAUCGCCGCGCCCACCCACAGCACACUGCCCACUGCACACACGUGUUUUAACCAGCUGUGCCUCCCGACGUAUGACUCGUACGAAGAGGUGCACCGGAUGCUGCAGCUGGCCAUCAGUGAGGGCUGCGAAGGCUUCGGCAUGCUCUGACCAUUCUCUGACCCUUCGGGGCACCUGGCGCAUGUCACCAAUGUCAUCACCGUGGACCCCGCGCCACGGAACCGCCCGCCGGAAGCUGCUGCAUGCUUCCCUGUGUCUGGAGAGCCGGUCCCCUGCACGCUCUGUGCUUCCUCCCCUCUCCCUCCCUGUCCUCAUUAGCCCGUAGGCUGCCUGCUGUGGGGACAGGAAGGGGGCCGUGGUUCUCAGAGGAGCUCAGUAGAGCGCUGCUGCAGCGGCCAAAGGAAGCUCCGCGGUGGACGCGGCGUCCUCGCCUUGCUCCGCUCCCCAGAAGCCCCCUCGGGGGAGCUCGCCGCUUCACCCGAGGUACGCACGCCCUCCCCGCGGGCAGGGUCACCGCCUCCUCUCAUCUGGAGCCUCCACUUUGUCCCUCUGCACAGGCCGUGGCACUGGACCUCCCCGUAAUGGGAACUGAGGGCAACGCAGAAGCCAGUGCUUGUCCAGGGUGUGGGGUCGGCACUGAAAGAGGAACUUUGUCUGCAGGUGGCUCUGCAAGCGACUGUAACCCCUAAAAUUAACAGGAAACUUCCGGAGUCGGAGCCGGGAGCAAAGCAGCCAGGAGGCUGCGAAUGAAUGUGACAGGGCCCUAGUCCCUAGUACUGAACGGAAUUCUCCCUGGAAUCUGACGCUGAUGCGCAUCCCUGCACUCCUGUUACACCGAGGCGGAGCUGGGCGUGACUACUUCCCUCCGGGAUCUGUGGUCCGUGAAGAGCUGGGCACUGUGCGUGUGUCUGCUGAAGAGAUCUGGUGGCAAGGGACGGGGACAGUAGGAAGAGCCGGCCGCUGCUCCCUGGUUCUGCUCUGCCAGGUCCUUGGGGUCGAGGCCAGCAGAUGUCCGCUUGCCCUGUUCUAUCCCCUUCACGCCAUCAGUCGCCGGCAUUCACUUCGUGGUGGUUAGAGAGAACCUGCAGCUUUCUCCCAGAGCACCCCAGCAUCACUACUCACCCCCGUGUGAUCGCCAGCAUUGUCAGGAGUCCGAAUCUCAUGCGCUUCCAAAUCUGUCCGAAGGCUCUCCUGCAGCCAUGCCCAGCGGUCCAUUCAACCCCGAGAAUAUUACAAGCCAUCUUUAUUGCCAAAACCAGCAAGUCCAGAGACGUGGGGCGGGACUUGCGGUGAUGCCUUGAUCUCCUCGAAGCUUGUCUGAGCCUCCCUGUUCCAGGGACCCGAGGAACAGGCCCUCCUGAGCUGCUCUAGUUCCUGUCUGACCUCCGACCGCGCACUUGUCAUUUGUCCCUCCCGGUGUGUGUGCUGACCUCACUAGCAGUGGGGGCCCAGGGCCCGGCAUCCUUGCCACACGGCCACUGUUCUCCUCAGGAACCAGGACAAGGCGCUGCUGCUUGCCCCCAGGCGGGGCAGGGGGCCAGGCCAGCAUCCUCGCCCUGGGCAAUGCCCCUCGGGCGCAGAGGGGGCACCGGGACUGGUUCUGCUGUCUUUGGCAGUUGUUUGUCUUUGGGUUCUGCAUGUCCCCUCGGAAGCCUCCGGAGUCCCUGCUGGAGACUCUGUGUUGACUCUCGGCUGGCUCUGUUUCCAGCUCUCGCUGUCGCACUGUUCGCAGCGUCCUGGGGGACCCUGCGGCGUCUUGCAGUGGCCUGCAGCCCCAGAGUCUCUGCUUCACAAAACCUUUUGGUACUGUGGUCCUUUUCUAUUCCCGUUUCUUUUCUCCUAGCUCUUUCCCCAGAGUAUCUUUGCUUCUCUUUUUCUUUUUCUGUCCUUUUUCUCCUCCUCCCUCCUCAACCUGCUUCGGCACUAGCCAUUGAGGGGGAAAGGUACAAGAUGUCAGUGAGAGAGAAAAGUGUCUAUUUUGUUUGGGGCAAGUCUUGAUUGACAGUUCUUGACUCGGGGCUGUUAUUUCUGUCCCUCUGACCCAGGGAGUUGGAGGGCCAGUCAGCUCUUGCAGAACAGGCACCCGGUACACAGGAACCCGUCGACCUGUGUCUAGAACUUCUGCAGAGGCUGCAGCAAGAAUGUAAAUAUUUUGUACAGUUAAUAAAUGAACUUUAGAAGGA